UAUCCAACGGCCAUGAUGCAGCGAUGCCACAUAGCCUUAAAAAAUUCCAUGGCAUAAUUCCCACAGCCUCCACCAUUAUAACAAACCUACGUUACAAGCCUCUCUCACUAUUCUCUAAGCCCCGUAAUUCGCCGAAUCUGCACCAAUCAUUCUCUUCUCUCUCUCAACAACAGCGACUACCACUCUCUCUCUCUCUCUUCCACCGCCGGUGAAACUCCGUUUCGGUGGCGGGAACGAGGUUUGACCGUUAGGUGAAUCCUUUAUGAUGGAGGUUUCGGUUGCGACGCCGAGAAAGACCCUGGCGGAGAAGGUCUUCGGAUAUGGGAGUAGCAGCCAGAAGAGGCGCGGCAAUGACGCUCACAACACGCACGACGAUGAUAACGACGGAGGCAUGGAACUCAUGGAGAUUGGCGCUGAGAGGACCAAAAACGUGUUGAUUCUCAUGAGUGAUACCGGUGGAGGUCACAGAGCUUCCGCUGAAGCCAUUCGUGACGCUUUUCGAAUUGAAUUCGGUGACCAAUACAGGAUUUUUGUUAAAGAUGUUUGGAAGGAAUACACGGGGUGGCCGUUGAAUGACAUGGAGGGGCAAUAUAAAUUCAUGGUUAAGCAUGUACAGCUAUGGAACGUUGCGUUUCAUAGUACUUCUCCUAGAUGGAUUCACUCUGUGUAUUUGGCUGCCAUUGCUGCUUACUAUGCCAGGGAGGUGGAGGCAGGGCUGAUGGAAUACAAGCCAGAUAUCAUCAUCAGUGUCCAUCCCUUGAUGCAGCAUAUUCCGUUGUGGGUUUUAAAGUGGCAACGUUUGCAGAAGAAAGUGAUUUUUGUCACUGUGAUCACGGACCUUAGUACGUGCCAUCCUACAUGGUUUCAUCCUUGGGUGAAUAGAUGUUACUGCCCUUCACAGGAGGUGGCCAGUAAAGCCUCACAAGAUGGUCUUGAGGAAUCUCAAAUCCGAGUUUAUGGCUUGCCCAUCAGGCCUUCUUUUGCCAGGGCAGUUCUUGUGAAGGAUCAAUUAAGAGAAGAACUCGGGUUGGAUCCCAACUUGCCAGCAGUUUUGCUGAUGGGGGGUGGUGAAGGAAUGGGUCCUGUCAAGAAAACUGCGAAGGCUCUAGGAGAAUCACUUUUCGAUAAAGAAGCUGGGAAACCAAUUGGGCAGUUAAUCAUCAUAUGUGGUCGUAAUAAGAACUUAGUAUCAACCCUUGAAUCUCUUGAAUGGAAGAUUCCAGUAAAGGUUAGAGGAUUUGAGACCCAGAUGGCCAAAUGGAUGGGAGCCUGUGACUGCAUCAUAACAAAAGCUGGACCGGGCACAAUUGCAGAAGCAUUGAUUAGAGGGCUUCCCAUAGUCCUGAAUGACUAUAUCCCCGGACAGGAAAAGGGUAACGUGCCAUAUGUGGUAAACAACGGAGCUGGUGUCUUCACCCGUAGUCCUAAGGAAACAGCAAGAAUUGUGGCCGAAUGGUUCACCACAAAAUCAGAUGAGCUGAAAAAAAUGUCAGAGAAUGCACUUAAAUUAGCACAACCUGAGGCCGUGUUUGACAUCGUGAGGGACAUUAAUGAGCUUGCCCAGCAACGAGAGCCAGCAAAUUUUCCAUACUUGUUGACCUCAUCAUUUACUAGCCUGAUCUAAUCAACUAGUUGUGCUUCAUUCACAUUAGCUUUCUUCCAUUAGAAUUGACAUGUACAGUUUAGUUUUUUUCUGAUUAUAUCAUUCUUUAUCCUAGUGGCUUGGUUUAACUAGCAUGAGCUACAAAAUUGUGGUGAACAAGCUCAGGCUUUAUAAGAAUUAAAGGUGCUUGUGAUUUUUAACAUUAAUGAGCUUGGGUUGUCUGUAACUGCAAGAUGAUUUAACAUUCUACUGUGCAUUUCAGUUUAAUGAUUUUUUUUUUUUAAUUUU